AUGUCUGGAUUCUUCAAUUUCGUUGGAUUUGGAGCCGCUCAGGAGUCGAAUGAAAUUGCUCCGAAAAUGGACGAAGAAGCCUUUGAAUCCGGGGAUUCGUCAUUCGAAAUGCUUGAUUCUGGAGAUGAGGCUUAUGAGACUCCUGAAGGCUCCAUCGCAUCAUCGUCAAGUUUUGAGAAGCUGUCCGAGGAUUCUGGAGAGGAGGAGGAAGAAGAAGACGUCACCAAUUUCGAAGUCAUCGCUGCUGAUUCUGCCGAUUUGCUCACCCAGCUCAAUGAUUGGUUCCGUCAAGAUAUUGUUGCUCUAAUUUAA